AUGAAAUUCAUCGAUGAACUGGAUUUGGAGCUGGUGAAUCAGACACUCAAUUUUGAAACGAGUGAUUGCUCGGUGGCGGGUGGAUGCGAUGUUUUCACGACGAAAGCAGUCGCUUCAGAUAAGAAACUUUACAAGACGAUUGACCGGCAUUUGGACUCACUUUUGCAAGAGAAUGAAAGUUUCAACAACGCUGUACAGCAGCAAAUGGCUCUUGAAAAGAAUAGCAACGGGUUUAACUCUCCACAAGAGGCCAAAUCCGACAUACAUUCGCUUUACAGCACACGGGGAGAAUCAGGUUCUCCUACAUCGUUUUGGGAGCAGAAAAGACGUAUGUCGAUCAGUGAAAACGUCAAUGGCAAUAGUACACCAGGAGGAGGUUUCAAAUCGCACAAAUUGAAUGAUCAGAAUAUCAAGGAACUGGUCAGCUCAGAGUCCGGUUAUCUCAGCUCAUCAUCUUCGGACUCGAAUUCUAGGAAUAAUCACGGGAAAGUGAGGAGAACGAGUAGCACGAGCAGUGUUAAUAUGAUGUCUGGGGCCCUCAGAAGGGGUUCUGCGACUUUCAAAGAACAGGUAACGAUAGGACCCUUUGGACCUAUCAAUGAAACCGCAAGUAGGAGAACUUUUGCGUAUCUAAUAGCCAUUCUUAAUGCGUCUCAUCCGGAUCAUGAUUUUUCAUCCUUAGAACCUACGGACUUCGUAAGGUGUUCCAUGAAAGCUUUAAUAUCAAAGCUUGAAAACACUCUAAUAUCUUUUGGGAAGCAGCCUCAAGAAUGGAUAUGGGAAAUCAUCAACUCUCACAUGGAUGUUGGGGAUUGCAUGAUUUACCAGUACAAACCUUUCAAAUCGUUUUUAGACGAUGAACCAGGACAUCUUUGGAGCCUUAUGUGGUUUCUUUUCAAUAAGAAGCGAAAAAGAGUCGCCUAUUUGUACUUGAAUGUAUCCCGGCUCAAACACUCUUCUUCGACCGGCACAUCAGAGAAUGCGAUAAUCGAAGAGGAUGAAGAGAAAGGUGAACCUAUUCAAAGGCCUAGGCGAAAACUAACAAUAGAUCAUGAAAGCAAUGUCUUCGAAGGAGAAUACGAUUUUACCUGUAAUUCCGCAGAUGAAAAUGCCAUUGAAGACGACGAUAUUCCCAUGACCCCAAGUAAUUAA